ACGUCGCCCAGCUGACCUCGUUUUCCGUGUGAUUGCAACACACCCGAAACAGGAGACAGGCUAGGUUUCGUUAGCACCACUGUUAAGCUAACUAACUGGGACACGUUUCCCGUUUUAACUUUCAAAAUAAAACCCCCACUCAAAGCGUAAACUGUAGAUGUGUACUUCAAAGGUCAGGCGAAAUGAAGAAAGAAAGUAGAGAAAACGUUUAGCUUUAACAUGUAGUUUGACAACAGGUUCAUUUUUACUUGUAGCAGAAUUAGUUAUCUUUGGCUGAGGGGUUGCAUUUAAUUUAUAACUUAAAAAAACAACGGAAAAUAAAAAAUUCGUAAUAAAAUUGAUAGAAAGAAUGCUAUAACGUUAUCUCAAUAAUAUUUUGGUGUAAAGAACACAAAUAAAAAAUAGAUGCUCGGUGACGUUGUGAGGCGUUAAAUACAGAAAACGCUUGUUCAAAAAGAUAAAUAGGGGACUAUUUCGAAAGCUGAAACCGGAAAUCGGGUAGUGUCUGGCUUGGUAACAGUUGGUUUAGAUGGUCGUUAAUACCUGGGGCUCCCCGGGAUUGUUCACAACAACAGAGGAAGCAGCACUAGCUCUGACCAAAUAAAGCCCAGUCGCGAUUUUUAGAUCCUGUUUCGGAACCACACCAACGGAAACCAACGUUAACGCGUUCCUGUGCGAAGGGCUUCGAUAUUUUACUGAGAGCUUAUUGUUUGUAACGUAACCGAGCUAGCUUUAUCCUUGUUCGCAGUCACAGCUGUGGUGGGGUUGCUGAUAACGUAUAUUUAUACAAGUCGUUGUGGAAUAUGGCUCAGCAUGGACAUCAUGUAGCCAGUUCACAAAAAGCACUAAUGCUAGAGAUGAAAAGUCUCCAAGACGAGCCGGUCGAAGGGUUCAAAAUAACUUUGGUGGACGAGUCGGACAUGUACAACUGGGAAGUAGCGAUAUUCGGACCCCCAAAUACACACUACGAGGGUGGUUAUUUUAAGGCUCGGAUCAAGUUUCCCGUCGACUACCCGUACUCUCCACCUGCUUUCCGCUUCCUCACCAAAAUGUGGCACCCAAACAUUUACGAGAACGGGGAUGUAUGCAUCUCGAUCCUGCACCCACCGGUGGAUGACCCACAGAGCGGGGAGCUGCCUUCAGAAAGGUGGAACCCCACACAGAACGUCAGGACCAUCCUGCUCAGCGUGAUCUCCCUGCUGAACGAGCCCAACACCUUCUCCCCGGCCAACGUGGAUGCGUCCGUGAUGUAUCGCAAGUGGAGGGACAGCAAGGGCAAGGACAGAGAAUACAUCGAGAUCAUCAGGAAGCAGGUGCUGGCUACCAAAGCUGACGCAGACCGGGAUGGCAUCAAGGUUCCCAUCACGUUAGACGAGUACUGUGUCCGCACCCAAGUCCCUCCUACAGACGACGGCUCCAACCUCCUAUACGAUGACUACUACGACGACGAAGAACUGGAAGAGGAUGACGAGGACGAUGACGAGGACUGUUGCUAUGACGAGGACGACUCGGGCACCGAGGACUCCUGACCACGCCUUCCCCGUGAUGCCCCCCCGUCCCCCCCGAUCAGCACCUGGCCUCACCAACCCCUCCCCCGCACCUCUGUGUCAUGGACUGAACUUUAAUUCCCUGUCCCCCUUCUUCCUGAAUCCCACCAAUCCUUCAUCAUCCUCACUUAGCACAGACCCCCCUGUCCACCUACUCAAACCUGAUGCAUCAAAGAAAAGAAAGCUACACA